CCAAUUACACAAUUUUGCCCAUAACUUGUCCAUACUAUCACCCUCUACCAAUCACAAUUUGUUAUUUGGACAAAUUGUAGGUAAAAUUAUACAAUUAGGUGUGACACCAGAAUUAUUCCUUACAAAAAGAGAGGAGACAAACCUACUUAACUCCGUACUUUGGCUCUACUUUUUUCACCAAUUUCACUCUCUUUACUCUGAGCUCUACUUGUGUGUGCGUGUUUUUCUCGGUUUUUAUACGUGGAUGAUGAGCAAGAGAGCCAAGAGUUAUAAUUCAGAUAUCACAGAGAUAAUGUUUCCUUGUGAUUUUUGCAACUCAAAAGCGGCAGUGUUGUACUGCAGAGCUGACUCGGCGAAGCUCUGCUUGUUCUGUGACCAACAAGUCCGCUCUGCCAAUGCUUUGUCUCUCAAACACGUUCGCUCUCCAAUUUGCGACAGUUGCGGAAUCAAACCUGUCUCAGUUUGGUGCUCCAUGGACAACCUCAUGCUCUGCCAACACUGUGACUUGGACUCCCACAACAAUUGCUCUGUCUCAUCCCUCCAUAACCGAGUUCCAGUCAAAGGGUUCUCGGGUUAUCACACAGCAAUUGAGCUGGCCCCUAUGUUUGGGAUUGAUCUGGAGGCUAACAAUUUGGUGAAUACAAAUUCUGGGUCUUUUUUACACGAGCAAAAGUUGGUGAAUUCACAUGAAUUCAUGGUCCCAAGUGAUGAUUCCUCUGUGUGGAAAGGACAGGGUUUGAGGUGUGGAAAGUGUAGGGACGAGGUGUGUGAGCAACUGGUGGAGAUGGGAAACAAAGAUCGGAUGAGAGUGGAUAAAGAUGGUGAAGAUUUAUGUCCCAAGACACCUCCAAGUGAGUUUGCUCAGUCUCAGCAAGCGAAUUUGGAGAGUUUUGAGCUGCAAAAUGAGGAUGAUGAUGAAGAAUUGUUAAGGCAACAAAAGUCGCUUGCAUCUUUGCUCAUGGUUCCAUCGAAUGUGGAAGCGAAAGAGAGUGAUUAUUAUGUUGCUGAAGGAGAUCUUUUGUGGUAUUGUAAUCCCACCUAUGACUUUGACUAUGAGGCCAGCCAGGCGUGGGAUUUCCAGUUGGGAGAAUCAAGACACUGUGAAAAGCAUGAUCCACAAGCAGCAAAAUACGGUGAAAACAAUCCUGAAUUUAUGAUCAAGAAUUAUGUCAAUUUUAUCCAAGAAUCUUCCUUGACAAAACCAAAGGUAUUACAAGACCUAUAUGAGAUGAAUUGCUCCACAAUAUGUGAGGAUUUUCUUUCAGAAAAUAAUCACUCGAAUCAUCCCUUGUCAAUCAAUAAAACCCCAAAAGAAGAAAGCUUCAACAAAUCAAAAGUAGAAUUACCACCACCUGAACCCAAAACAUGCAGUAGCACCAGCCAUGUCCCGGCUAAGCAGCAACCUCUCCUGGCGAGCAGUGAUAAUGUGAAUGGGGUAAUUAAAAACUUUGAUAUGGAAUUGCUGGCACAGAACAGAGGCCAAGCCAUGUUGCGCUACAAGGAGAAAAAGAAAACUCGAAGGUAUUAUAAGUACAUCCGAUACGAGUCCAGGAAGGCCAGAGCUAAUACCAGAAAGAGAGUAAAAGGUCGAUUCGUGAAGGCAAGUGAAACUCUUGAUCAUGUUGAAAUGUAAUGCUAAAGCUUUGGAGAAUUUCAUCCCCAAUUUCAGUCUGCAAAUAUAAAUAUUUCCCAGUAGGAAUUUCCACUGCAGGAAUUUCAUUUAGAUGGCAUAAUGUCUAAGUUAGUGUGUAGAGCGUAUCUCUAUUUCUAUUGCUUCGUUUGUUAACUCCGAUUGAUUCUGGCAGUUCGUAGGUUAAAUUAAUUGGAGUUGUUUUUAUGUUAAAAUACAUGAUUGACUUUGGAGAAAAUCACAUUAUCUGUAAAUUUUGCCUGCAAAAAUGGCAUUAUUCUCCUACUA